AUGGAGCAGGCGUUAAUUGAGGCGGCCAUUCUCAAGGCGCUGUCGAGUGCCGAGCGAGUGCUCUCGACGGAUGUGGCAGAGUCGAUUAGGGUCGACCACCAGGACAUCGUCGGAGCCGGCAAAUCGCUGGAGGCGGACAGCUACAUCCGAUCGGAAAUGGAGCAAAGGAUGGUGCUGAAGUUCUCCAACGAGGCUCAGCAGAUCAUGGAGAGCGGUAGCCCUGAGUACCUGGUCUGGUGUCUGCUAAAAGACGGAAGGAUAAGCCAGGAGGAUGUAGCAAGCAAACUCGGCAAGGAGACGACGGGAGUGGCGCUGGCGAACGGCAUCAAGUCGAAGAUGUUCAAGACGACAAAGGAGGAUGGGAAGGUAUUCCUGGAGCGCGUGCCGGGCAGCGACAACGUCGUCGAUGCCGUUCGUGAGUCGCUGAAGCAGGCUGCCGCCGCGGUGGACGAAAUCGACACCAAGACUCUGGAAACGCUCAAGAAGCGCAAACUCGCUGCAGUGGAGGCGAAAAAGAUGUUUGUGUACACGAAGGGUGCCGCGUACGCCCCGGAGCGCGCCGCUAAGGCAGUGGGUGACCUAACACGCGAGAUGCUCGUCGACGGCUCGUGGAAGAACCGGCAGUUCAAGGAGUACAACUUUUCCGCACAGGGUGCCGAGGUGGGUGGCGGUGCACUGCACCCGCUGUUGAAGGUGCGACAGGAGUUCCGCGAGAUCCUCAUGGAGCUCGGAUUCCAGGAGAUGGACACGCAGCAUUGGGCUGAGGUGUCGUUCUGGAACUUCGACUCACUCAUCAUUCCUCAGCAGCAUCCGGCGCGGGAUCUGCAGGACACCUUCUUCCUGUCGAAGCCGGAGACUUCGAAGGUCAAUGACUUGGAGUACAUGGCGCGCGUCAAGGCGCAGCAUGAGGAGAGCUUCCGUACGCCGUGGAAGCAUGAGGAGGCAAGUCGCAAUGUGCUGCGCACCCACACCACCGGCUCCUCGGCCUUCGUGCUGAAAAAUCUCGCCAAAUUUGCGGAGCGUGGCCCGGAUGGCAAGCUGAACUUCAACCCCGGGCGCUACUAUAGCAUUGACCGUGUCUUUCGGAACGAGGAGAUGGACCGCACCCACCUAUGCGAGUUCCACCAGGUCGAGGGCUUCGUCAUUGAUCGCGACAUUUCGCUUGCCAAGAUGAUGCACACCUUCGACUCCUUCUUCCGUCGCAUUGGGGUGUCACAGCUGCGCUUCAAGCCCGCCUUCAACCCGUACACGGAGCCCUCGAUGGAGAUCUUUGGCUUCCACACCGGCCUGAACAAGUGGAUCGAGGUGGGCAACAGCGGUCUCUUCCGCCCAGAGCUGCUGCAUCCGAUGGGCUUCGAGGACGGUGUGACGGUGAUGGCAUGGGGCCUCUCACUGGAGCGGCCGACGAUGAUCAAGUACGGUAUCAACAACAUUCACGAGCUCUUUGGCCAUCGCGUUGAUAUCCGUUUCAUCAAGCGCGCCGCGAUUGCCCGCUACUAG